GUAUUGGACAUGGCCUUUGCUAUGGACCAAGUUUUUCAAACCUCCCUCAAUAUUUCAAGAAACGCUUUUCAUUGGCAAGUGGAAUCACUCACACUGGAACACCUGCUGGGGUAAUGAUAUACUCUAUACUUUACAAGGGUCUUCUUGAUUAUUAUGGUUGGAGAGGAACUUACAUUAUGAUAUCGGCUCUGAAUUCUAACAUCUUAGUAUGUGCUGCUUUACUGAGACCAAGGGACAGUUGCAACAAAAAGAACAGCAUGAAGACAUAUAAAACAUUACCAGCUACCAAAACAUUUUGCCAAAGACAGUUACAGUCAUUUGGAUGCAAUCUGCUUUGUGAAAAUAAACUAUUCUGUCUGAACACCAUAGGUGUGUUUUUGGGGAACUUUGCAUACAUAAAUGGUUUAUUGAUGUUUGUACCAUGUGCGAUUGAUAAAGGUUUGCCAUUUGUAGAAGCCGCACUUUUAGGAACAAUCGUUGGAAUAUGUGCACUAAUUUCUAGAUGUAUACAUGGAGCUGUUGCGUAUUUACGACUUAUUGAUGACAGAUACAUAGCCGCUUCCAUGUUGGUCAUUAGAGGAGUGUCGUUUAUGAUUGUACCGUUAUCAGGCUCUUUUGGAAUGUUAGCUGUUUUGGCUGUUAUAAUAGGAAUUAGUAUAGGCAUUUAUUCCACAGCGCUUUAUGUCUUUCUUGAGCAACUUGUAGGAGCUGAGAACUAUGCAGGAGGAGUUGGAGUAUCAGUGUUUGCAUUUGGUGCUGCAGCAAUGAUGGCACCAAGUACAGGAGGUGCAUUGUUUGACAGUACUGGUAACUAUGAUGCGCUUUUCUACUUCAAUGGAGCAAUAGCAAUUAUAAGUGGAACUAUACAUUUAAUUGUUGCCUUGUUACUUAGACAGAAAGAAAUUAAAAGACCGGGUGUUGAUGAGGAUGAAUCACAUGAAGUUUACUACUUAUAA